AUGAAUAUAUCACAACCCGUCUCCUCCGAAGUUGAGUCGGUUGAGUUCACUUUCCUUUCGCCCACCGAAAUCGAAGCCAUCUCCGUCAAGCGCAUCGAGAAUGACAGUACAUUCGAUUCCAUGCUCAAUCCUGUCCCGGGCGGUCUUUAUGAUCCUGCUCUGGGCUCAUGGGGCGACUCGCCAUGCACAACUUGCAACCUGAAUCAUACAUACUGCCCCGGCCACCCCGGUCAUAUCAGACUACCCGUUCCUGUCUACCACCCUAUCUUCCUAGACCAGGCCUACCAUCUCCUCCGAGCUACAUGCCUAUACUGCAAGGGCUUUCGACUGCCUGCCAAAGAAUUGCACAAGUACAUGUGCAAACUCCAACUCCUACAACAUGGCCUUGUACAAGAAGCUCAUAUUAUUGAUGCAAUUGGCGAAAGCGGUCUUGCCGAUGCCGAUGAUCUUGAGGCCUCCGUAUCUGACGGCAGUGAAGCCGAAGACGACACCGGCUCCAUUGACAAUGUCACCCGCAAAAGACAAAAAUACGUCGACCAAUGCCUGCGCGGCAACAAGAAAACAAUGCGUGAUAUUAAGAAAGGCAAGCAUGAAGGGGCCGGGCAGAUGCGUCGCGAGGUCAUCAAGGAAUUUCUCGCCGAGGUCACGAAGAGGCGUGAAUGCGCCAGUUGCAAUGGCAUCUCUCCAACUUACCGCAAGGACGCAUUUGUGAAGAUUUUCGAAAAAGGGCUUUCCGGCAAGGAACAGACCAAAAUGGUGCUGCGUGGCCUCAAAUUCGCCGAUGCUAUGUCUCAAGUACAAGAGAAGACUGUGGCCAAAGAGGAUCAGCAAAAUGGAGUUACUCAGGACUCUAGCGAAGAUGAAUCUGAAUCAGACGAAGAUGUAUCGAUGCCAGAUGUCGACGAAGAAGAGCCCUCGGCCACAAAAUCCAGUCGCCCUGAAACCCGGCAAAGAUACAUUAGCCCCCUAGAAGUCCGCGCUCGUCUGGUCGAGCUCUUCAACAAGGAGCAGGACAUCAUUUCGUUCCUCUAUAACGCCAAGCCAGCCACCAGGAAAACCCCGAAAACGACGCCAGAUAUGUUCUUCAUCACAAUGCUACUUGUCCCACCGAAUCGAUUCCGCCCCGAGGCUCGCAUGGGUGACUCGGAAAUAUCAGAAGCGUCGCAAAACAGCCUGUACAAAAACAUUUUGCGCUGCAAUAGCAAAAUUGCUCAAUUUCACAACAACGUGCAAAAGGGCAACUCUCACAUUACAGCGGUGCAUCUUGCGUGGGUCGAGCUGCAAGAAUCAGUCAAUGCGCUUAUUGAUAAGAACAAAAAUCCCAUCCAGGGGGCAGCUGCCAAGCGCAACGAGGACGGCAUCAAACAGAAGCUUGAGAAGAAGGAGGGCUUGUUCCGAAAGAAUAUGAUGGGAAAGCGAGUUAAUUUUGCUGCGCGAAGUGUAAUCUCGCCGGAUCCCAACAUUGAUACGAACGAGAUUGGCGUUCCUCCUGUGUUCGCUCAAAAGUUGACUUAUCCUGAACCCGUUACGAGUCACAACUUCAGAGAUAUGCAACAAGCUGUCAUCAACGGCGCUAAUAAAUGGCCAGGCGCCAUUGCGAUCGAGGAUGAGAACGGCCAAAUUGUCAAUCUUCGCAACAAGUCGGUAGAUGAUCGCAUCUCUUUGGCAAACCAACUCCUUGCCCCCACGCAUGCAAAUGCCCCCAAGAUCAAGAACAAAAAGGUUCAUCGCCACAUGACGAACGGUGAUGUCGUUUUAAUGAACCGUCAACCAACAUUGCAUAAGCCGUCCAUCAUGGGACAUCGUGUUCGAGUUUUGCCUGGUGAAAAGACUAUUCGCAUGCACUACGCCAACUGUAACACCUACAACGCCGAUUUCGACGGUGAUGAGAUGAACAUGCAUUUCCCACAGAACGAGCUUGCGCGCGCAGAGGCUCUUCAGAUUGCUGACACCGAUCACCAAUACCUCUCCGGAACCCAAGGAAAGCCCCUUCGAGGCCUCAUUCAGGACCAUCUUUCAGUCUCGAUUGCCUUGUGCAACCGUGAUACCUUCUUUAGCAAAGGAGACUACCAUUCUCUAAUCUAUAGUGCCCUACGACCAGAGAGUGGACACAUUCUUUCAGAGCGUCUUCAGCUUGUACCGCCGGCUAUCAUCAAGCCUGCUCCCAGAUGGACCGGGAAGCAAAUUAUUACCACGAUAUUGAAGAACCUCAAGCCUGCUAAUUGCAGCGGUCUGACAAUGCAUGGAAGUACUCAACUGAAAGCGGAACAAUGGGGACCCAAUUCCGAAGAAGGUGUUGUGCGUGUGCAAGAUGGCGAAUUGAUUACUGGAAUCCUUGACAAGUCGCAAAUUGGACAAAGUUCCGGCGGUAUUGUUCACGCCGCGCAUGAGGUUUACGGCUCGGCUAUCGCCAGCAAGUUGUUGAGCUGCUUGGGUCGACUGCUGACGAGAUUGCUGAACAUGCGCGCUUUCUCUUGUGGUAUGGAUGACCUGCGACUCACAGAGGCCGGCGAGAAGGCUCGCUUGCAAGCCCUGGAGCAGGCUAGCGAAAUGGGUCUCGAGAUCGCAUCGGAAUACGUCUCGUUACCUGGUAACAAGGAUCCCACCAACAAACUUUUGCUUGAACGUCUCGAGGAAGUCUUGCGCGAAGACAAGAAUCAAGAAAGCCUCGAUUUGUUGAUGAAUCAGGGAACAAAGGACAUCACUGACAGUGUCCAAAAGGCUUGCCUGCCUAAAUUAGAAAAGCCAUUCCCGAAGAACCAAAUGCAAGCCAUGACUACCUCCGGUGCCAAGGGCUCCCGAGUCAACGCCUCCCUUAUCUCUUGCAACUUGGGCCAGCAAGUUUUAGAAGGCAGACGUGUUCCGUUGAUGGUUAGUGGAAAGACUCUACCUUGUUUCAAACCAUUCGAGACAAACAUCGGGUCCGCUGGCUAUAUCCGCAGCCGAUUCCUUACUGGUAUUCGUCCUCAUGAGUACUAUUUCCAUCACAUGGCUGGUCGCGAAGGUCUUAUCGAUACAGCCGUCAAAACGUCGCGCUCCGGCUACUUACAAAGAUGUGUCAUCAAGGGUCUGGAGGGUCUCAUGGUUUCCUACGAUGCCUCAGUGCGCGACGCGGAUGGCUCCGUGAUACAGUUCCUCUAUGGCGAGGAUGGGCUCGACGUCACGAAGCAGAAGUAUUUGAAAGAUUUUGACUUCAUUCUCGAGAAUGUUGCUUCGGAACUUGUGCAGCUGAAGUAUGACACUAAGGUUGUUGAGACGCUCACUUCCAAACGAGACGUUUUCAUGAAGUAUAUGAAGAGCGCUGUCAAACGCGCCAAGUCGGACAGUACAGCUGCUAAGGAUCCCUUGAUCGGUUCCUAUAACCCCACUACCAACACCUUUGCAAUGUCCGAGCUUUUCUACGAAGCUAUGUCGGCAUACGUCAAAGAAAACAAGAGCGGUCUUAUCCGAGAAAAGAGCAGCGAGAAGCAGACGCGGAGCGCCGUCGCCCUCUCUCGCAAAAACGCCGAAACACUCUUUGCUCUCAAGUACCAACGCUCUCUUGUCGAACCAGGCGAGGCGGUUGGUAUCGUUGCUGGCCAGUCUGUCGGCGAACCUUCGACUCAAAUGACACUGAAUACCUUCCACUUGGCUGGCCACGCAGCCAAGAACGUGACACAGGGUAUUCCUCGACUUCGAGAAAUUCUCAUGACCGCCUCUGCUGUUAUUUCUACGCCUUCAAUGACCCUUUAUCCCCGUUCAGACAUCUCGCCCGACCAGGCGGAGGUUUUCACAAAGAAGAUUAGCCACACACCACUUGGUUACAUCAUGGACAGCCUCAUGGUCGAAGAGCGAGUAGGACGUGGCAAAAUCCACCAUCAAGCCAAGGUCUACAAGAUUGCCAUGAAGUUCUUCCCGUCUGCUGAAUACUGCGAAACAUAUGCCAUUACGGUUGCGGACGUUAUGAAUGCGGUUGAGCGGAAACUCUUGCGCCAGAUCAUAAUCUUGAUGAAGAAGGAGAUCAAAAAACGCGGAGGCCCAAGCGCCGCAGCCACACCAGAAAUCGGUGUUCGAUCUGGCGUCGUGGAGGUGGCAUCAGCAUCUGCAAAUACGCAGAGUCGGGGUGAUGACGAUGAUGAUGAUGAUGACGGCGGCGACGGCGAUGCUACCAGCGCCAAGCAACGAGCGAACCGCGGAGAGGAGGUGUCGUACGGCGACAAUGAUGAUGAGGAGAACGCAAUCCAGAAGGCCAUGGGGAAGGACGCCGCGGACGAGAGCGAGGAUGAGGAGAUGAAUGGCGUAUCAAACGGUGUGUCUGCAGGCGAUGACGACGAGGAUGAGGAUGAGAGCGAAGAAGAUGAUGUUCAGCCUACAACCUCUGCCCGAGCCGAGCGCAUCAAAAAUGCUUUUCAAGAGAUAUCUGACUUCGAAUGCGACGAAAAGAGCGGAGCGUGGUGCAAAAUCACAAUCGAGCUUGACUCGGACUCCCCCAAGUUUUUGAUGCUGAAUUUGGUCAAGACUGCUAUUGCCAAGACUAUGAUUCGGGAGAUUAGAGGCAUCGGCUCCUGCACAUUCAUCGAAGGCGAAAUUCAGGCAUCAGGAGUCAAUCUACGCGCGAUGCAGACGUUCUCCGAAUAUAUCGACCCCGACAGGAUCCGAACGAACGAUGUCGCAGCAGUUCUAGAUAUGUACGGCGUCGAGGCGUGUAGAGCAAGUAUUGUACGAGAACUGGACGGUGUCUUUGGUGGUCACGGUAUUUCUGUGGACAACCGCCACUUGAACCUCAUUGCGGACUACAUGACGAGAAACGGAGCAUUUACCGCUUUCAGCCGUAUGGGUCUAAAGGGUAAUGUUAGUCCCUUUACGAAGAUGAGUUUCGAGACGACAUUGGCGUUCCUCAAGGACGCCGUGUUGGAUGGUGACUGGGAUGAUUUGACGACGCCUAGUGGCCGGUUGGUGUUGGGCCGUCUGGGCAAGUUGGGAACUGGCAGUUUUGAUGUUUUGACGAGAAUGCCUACGCAUCACGUCGAGUCUUGA